AUGCAGACCUCCAACUCUAGGUCUGUGCACCUGAGUGAAUGGCAGAAGAAUUACUUUGCAAUUACAUCUGGCAUAUGUACAGAACAGAAGGCAGAUGCAUACCAUGCACCAAUAUUACACAUUCAGUAUGCAUGGGCAAACUCUGAGAUCUCCCAGGUCUGUGCUACCAAACUGUUCAAAAAAUAUGCAGAGAAAUAUUCUGCAAUUGUUGAUUCUGACAAUGUUGAAUCUGGCCUUAAUAACUAUGCAAAAAACAUUUUAACUUUGGCAAGAUCUCAACAAACUGACAGUGAGAAGUGGCAGUCUGGAUUGUCAAUAAAUAAUGUUUUCAAAAUGAGUAGUAUACAGAAGUUGAUGCAAGCUGGCAAAAAAUUUAAAGACUCUUUAUUGGAACCUACUGAUGCAUCACUGGUAAUUCAUAAGGAGGCCACUGUCUAUGCUCUUCCUAAAUUUAGUAGUUGUGGCAGUUCUGGAAAGGGUGACCUUUUACCUAACUCAACUUAUGAUACAGAUAGGACCCAAGACUUCCCAGAGAGCAAUCCUUUGAAAUACUAUUCCAACGCCCAGCCACCUAUGGUGACUAACACCACUAAGACUUAUCCUACAUUCUCAACACCUUUAGGUGAGCCAGCCAUUGCAAAAUUUCAUGCCACACCAUUAUUUGGAAAUGGCAGAAAGGAAAAUUACAUCUCUCCAAAAGGCAACGUAGGACUAAAUGUGUCCUUAUCAAAUCAAUCUUGUUUUCCUGCUGGCUGUGAAAAUCCACAGGAAAGAAAGGCUUUCUAUGGUUCUGGUACCACUGAUGUACUUUCCAAUCCAAUAAUGAAUAAGGCUUUUCAUAAAACAGAAGAUAAUGGUCAAAAGGAGGACAGCAGCCUGCCUACUUUUAAAACUGCAAAAGAGCAAUUAUGGGUAGAUCAGCAAAAAAAGUUCCAACAACCCCACUGUUUAUCAGGGUCUUCAUAUAGUGGUGUAAAAAAAAGCCUGGGAGCUAAUAGAUCACGAGGAAUAUUUGGAAAGUUUGUUCCUCCUAUACCUAAACAAGAUGGGGGAGAGCAGAAUGGAGGAAUGCAGUAUAAGCCUUAUGGGGCAGGACCUGCAGAACCAGAUCCAGUUGAUGAGCGCCUGAAGAAUGUGGAGCCAAAGAUGAUUGAACUUAUUAUGAAUGAGAUUAUGGAUCAUGGACCACCAGGAAAUUGGGAUGAUAUCGCAGGAGUCAAAUUUGCUAAAGUCACAAUAAAGGAAAUAGUUGCGUGGCCCAUGAUGAGGCCAGACAUCUUUACUGGUUUAUGGGGACCAUCUAAAGGAAUUUUGCUCUUUGGUCCUCCUGGGACUGGUAAAACUCUCAUUGGCAAAUGCAUUGCUAGUCGAUCAGGUACAACAUUCUUUAGCAUCUCUGCUUCAUCUUUGACUUCCAAAUGGGUAGGUGAGGGGGAGAAAAUGGUCCGUGCAUUGUUUGCUGUUGCAAGGUGUCAGCAGCCAGCUGUGAUAUUUAUUGAUGAGAUAGAUCCCCUAUUAUCUCACCAGGGAGAUGGUGAGCAUGAAUCUUCUAGAAGGAUAAAAAUGGAAUUUUUAGUACAGUUAGAUGGAGCAACUACGUCUUCUGAAGAUCAUAUUCUAGUGGUGGGAGCCACAAAUUGGCCACAAGAAAUUGAUGAGGCUACUCAGAGAAGACUGGUGAAAAGGCUUUAUAUUCCCCUCCCAGAAGCUUCAGCUAGGAAACAGAUAGUCAUUAAUCUAAUGUCCAAGGAGCAAUCUUGCCUCAGUGAAGAAGAAAUUGAACAGAUUGUGCAGCAGUCUGAUGGGUUCUCAGGAGACAUGACACAGAUUUGCAGAGAGGCUUCUCUUGGUUCUAUUCAUAGUUUACAAACUGCUGACAUUGCUACCAUAACACCAGAUCAAGUUUGACCAAUAGCUUAUAUUGAUUUUGAUAAUGCUUUUAGAACUGUGCGGCCUAGUGUGUCUCCAAAAGAUUUAGAGUUUUAUGAAAACUGGAACAAAACUUUUGGUUGUUGA